GCAGCGCCCGGUGGGGCGGGGCGGCUACCGGCCCCCGCCCUCUCUGGGCGAGAUACCUGUCGGCCCUGCGGGCCACGUGACCCGAGGGCGGCCCCCGGAACCGUGGGGGAGGGCCACUAGAACCUAGCCCUGGACGCGCGCGCUCACAGGCCUGGCCUGGGCUAAUGCUCAGAACCCGGACUCCCACUCCCCUUAGCAGAACCUGCCUGACUAACGGGGCGACUCCACACUCCGCCCCCACGAGGCUUCCUCCUCACUCCUCCACCAGGAGGCCUUCGCCAAGGGAAGUGCAAAACCAAGGACCUUCUUCAGUCCGUUAGAACUAGUGAAAAUCACCAGGAGGCAGCGUAGAGGUUGAGGGAGUCAUGACGGCUGGUCUGGACGGGUAAUAGAAGUCACCCAUGGUCACAAGGAGUGGUGAAAAUUACCGGGCAUCACCCAAAGGCUUGUAGGGGUAUCACCAUAGGUCGAUUGAGGGGGAGGGAAGGAUGUCAGAGAGCACCAAGGAACCCUUGGGAUCAGUAGUCAGGGCUUGUCCCUACAGGUGCAAAGGCUGGGCCUUAGCCUGGCUUCAGGAAGGGCCCACGGUGCCAAAGCAUGGUUGGAGGUGAGCAGGCCUCGGUGCUGGGGAAGAAAGAAGCGCGUUCCCACCACCUCGGCCCCAGCUCCCAAGAGCGGCACCCCAGACGGCACUGAACCAGAAGCUCCCGACCAGAAGCCUCACUCCUACCCCAGGUGAGGACUGCGACCUGCCGCCUUCCCCCUUGACCACAGGCCUGUUGCCUGGAGAUAUGAGCGUGCUGGGGCGGGGGGGAGGGGGGGGCAGCGGCAAAAGCGCAUUGUGCCCAAAGGGGCUGCAGAUCCUCCAUCUCUUCUCUCCUCCGGACAGUUCCUGUGGAGGGCUCCCAGCACCCUUUCGCCCAGUCAGGCUUGCUGAGGCUCCUUUAUGGUUGAGUCUCCAGGCCGCUCCGGACUUCCCCCGAUUCUCCCAUUUAUGCGACUCAGAAACUGAAGAUGAAUCCAUCGGGUAGGAGGGACUCCAGCCCAGCAGAAGCAGACACAUAGGGAGGGUUGCCAAGCCCCAGCCGAAGCUGGGGCGAGAGCCACACCUCACUCUUUCGGAGAAACUGGGCGCUGCGUCCAGACCUUCGGACAACUGAGAGAGCGAAGGAGCCCAGCGUAGAGGGGGCGCCUACGAGGCUUUGUCCACUAAUUCACACUGCAUCGCGCCCCCAUUUGACGGAUAAGAGACUGAGGCGUCUGGGAGGGUAAUGACUCGCGCUGGGACACGGCGGCCAGGAGGGAGAGGGAAGUAGACGGGUCUUCCAGCGGCUUUGGGCAACAAGCACUUCCCCCUGGGAUGUACGCGAGUGUCUGCGCUCUACUGCCCUACGAGAGACUGCUACCCGGCGCCUGCACACUUAACCCCACCCCCGCGAAGCGCUAAGCCAAUCAGGACCGGAGGGAGGAGGACUUGUCGCUCUUCGGGCUCCGCCCUCCUCUAGAUAAACCUGGAAUGUCAAAUAUUUGUUCUGUGGUCCGGGCGCAACAGCGAGUGCCCGGCGAUUUGGGCAACCAGCUGGAGGCAAAGCUGGACAAGCCGUCAGUCGUGCACUACCUCUGCUCCAAGAGGACCAUCAGCUACUUCACACUCUGGCUGAACCUAGAGCUGCUGCUGCCUGUCAUCAUCGACUGCUGGAUUGACAAUAUCAGGCUGGUCUAUAACAGAACAACCCACGCCACCCAGUUUCCCGAUGGUGUAGAUGUGCGUGUCCCUGGCUUUGGGCAGACCUUCUCGCUGGAGUUCCUGGAUCCCAGCAAAAGCAGUGUGGGUUCCUAUUUUCACACCAUGGUGGAAAGCCUUGUAGGCUGGGGCUACACACGAGGCGAGGAUGUCCGAGGGGCCCCCUACGAUUGGCGCCGAGCCCCAAAUGAAAAUGGGCCCUACUUCCUGGCCCUCCGCGAGAUGAUCGAGGAGAUGCACCAGCUGUAUGGGGGCCCCGUGGUGCUGGUUGCCCACAGUAUGGGCAACAUGUACACGCUCUACUUUCUGCAGCGGCAGCCACAGGCCUGGAAGGACAAGUACAUCCGUGCCUUCGUGGCACUGGGUCCGCCCUGGGGGGGCGUGGCCAAGACCCUGCGCGUCCUGGCCUCAGGAGACAACAACCGUAUCCCGGUCAUCAGGCCCCUGAAGAUCCGGGAGCAGCAGCGGUCUGCCGUCUCCACCAGCUGGCUGCUGCCCUACAACUAUUCCUGGUCACCUGAAAAGGUCUUCUUGCACACGCCCACGACCAACUACACGCUGCAGGACUAUCGCAGGUUCUUCCAGGACAUUGGCUUCGAAGAUGGCUGGCUCAUGCGGCAGGACACGGAGGGGCUGGUUGACGCCAUGGUGCCGCCCGGUGUGCAGCUGCAUUGCCUCUAUGGCACUGGCGUCCCCACGCCAGACUCUUUCUACUAUGAGAACUUCCCAGACCACGACCCUAGGAUCUGCUUUGGUGAUGGUGAUGGCACGGUGAACUUGGAGAGUGCCCUGCAGUGCCAGGCCUGGCGUGGCCGCCAGGAGCAAGAAGUAUCGUUGCAGGCACUGCCAGGCAGCGAGCACAUUGCGAUGCUGGCCAACGCCACUACCCUGGCCUACCUGAAACGCGUGCUCCUCGGGCCCUGACUCCUGUGCCAGGCAGGGCUGUGCGAUGGCCUGGCCACCGCUAUUUCUUCUGGCUUCCAGGGCUACCUUGGCCCAUGAUUUUAGCAGUUUGACUGACCAUCGAAAGCCCUGGAUCUUGGGCUGUGAAAAGCCUGCCAUGUGGAAAUGCUGUUUCUUAUCCUUCCUCUCUGGGAGUGAGGAUGGAAGACAUAGUCUGCACUUACUUGAGGGACCCUUGAUGGAAAGAAUGCUGCUGGUGGUGGAACAGUUGUGACCUCAGGACUGGCUAUGCAGGUGGAUUGGCUGGCACCUGGCCCCAAUCCCCAGCUCUGGGGCCAUGUGUCCCUCCUACCCCUGUGGCCUUUUCAUACUCGCCCACCAGGUCCUGGCUUCUUAGCCUUCCUGUGAGGGAUAUUCCUGAACUGUGGUCCCUAGGAUGGGCUCCUGGUCCCUAGGGUGAACCUUCUCACACACUGGCCACAAGUCAGCCUGCUACCGUGGGUGGCCUAGCUGUCCAGACAGCCUGACAGUGGCUUUCUAGGGGGGCCCAGUUCCCCCUGCAGGCAGGGGUGAGUUGUGUUCUCCAUGGUUCCCAGGGUCUGGGGCAUUCACUCCUACCUCCCUUACCUCUAAGAACUGCUUCACUCAGGACUGGGUAGCAGAUGGCCCCCUGGUUCUAGGGGCUGUGUUCCAGGAGCCCUAAUCUCCUCGGUUGGGCUGUUGCCCACGUUAUUGAUGCUGGCUCCCUUUGCCCUGGGACUGUGGCUGAAAGAUGAGAGCAGGGCCUGCUGCCAUGGCCCUUUAGGUACUCAUGAAGAAGGAGAAUUCAAGGAAGCAGCCAAGGCCAAUCAGAGAUGCCCUGAGCUGCCUUCUUGCCAACACACCACCACAUUGCCACCCUGCCCUAAGGUCUCUAGCCCCGAUGUGGGCUGGCACAGGCCUGAGAGGAGGUAGGAAUCUUGCCCACCCUGCCCAGCACCUGUCCCCACCCCUGGCAGCUUAGUGGCAUUUAGUCAGCAGGGACUAGCCCAGAAACUUGAGUGGGCCCCUGAGGGAGCCAGGUGCCUGGGGGUCCCCUGAGGGUUUUCUUCUGACUCUAGAGGUGCUGUGUGGGUCUCCCCGUGAUAGGAUGGAGAAUCUGGAUCUGCCUUGGUGGCAGUGGUCUUCAGAUGGAUAACAGCCACAGUCAGGCUGGACUGUGCUGUUCUCCUCCAAGGUUUCUGCGGAGUGGGACUUUCUCUGUUGCAUUCCUACCCAGCAUCUGUCUUUCCCUUUGUUCCUGAGUGGCAGACCCCUCAUGGGGCUUUGAGCAGGCUGUACCUCGGUUCUGGCAAUAAAAGUAUUCUGAAUGUUGUAAAGUG